AUGAGAAGACGCCAAAAUCCAAAUUCUAAAGUUGGUGAUAUAGUGGCCAUUAAGCGCAUCCAGUUUGGGCCAAAUUUGAAGCUGAAGGCGAAAAAUAUCGGACCUUAUCGAAUUACCAAUGUCAAAGUUAAUGACACCAAUGAUGUGCGUCGGGAAGGUGAUCACGAGGGUCCCAGGAUUACUUCCACGUGCGUCGAAUACAUGCAGCCAUGGCCAGAUGGUUAUUCGCCAUCCGAGUCGGAUGAUUGUCAGGACGGCCGAUUGAGGGAAUCGGAGGAGGAAUGUUUAGGAUUUACCGCCGAAGAAGAAAGCGACGCGGUAUAA